AUGACGUGUGCGGCAGAAACUAAAUUAUAUUCUGGCCUCAAUCCCAAGGAAAAGAUGACAGGUUCUACUAGUGAGAAACGUGAUAUUGAACAUGUACAUGACUCACCUCCUUCUCCUUAUAAUGGUAAUAUGUUUGCUAAAAUUGUUCAAAGUAUAAUUAUCGGUAUGACUAUCGGAGUAAUACAUUUUAAGACCACUAUCAAAACAGAAUAUAUACUCUUCACUCACUGUUUAGCUAUUGUUGGUGUAUUCCAAAUGUUCAUAUUGCGAACUUAUAAACAUGUCUGUUAUAAGUACGAAGUGAUUUACGCCAUAUAUUUACCCUUCAUCCUAUCAUUUUGUUUUAAUAGAUCAUUGGUUACCAUAAAUACCAUAUUAUCAUUAAACGUUAUUAUAUUGUAUAACAUUUCCAAUGGUAUUUAUAACUUGCCUAUCAUUUUUUCCACUCAAAUCUUAUGUUGUUAUUUCUUUGACGAUCAUGAUCUAAGUUAUUCAAUAAUUGCCAUUUUGGUGAAUUUUAGUUUAUCUAUUUUCUUACAAAGAAUUGGACAAUUGAAAAGUUUAGAUAACAUAGAUUGUAAUUUGUUUAGUAUUAUGCUAACAAAUGUUUUUUAUUUUAAUUAUAAUUCAACGUCUGUGCCGUUUAGAAUCUUACAUGGGACGUUGUCUGCUUUAAUAUGUGUUAUUAUAAUUAAUUAUUCGAUCUCUAAGUUGGCAAAGAAUUGGCUUAAUUCACAUCGAUACAUCCUUUCAUUGACGCAAUCAAGUGUCAUUAUUUGUGGGUUCCCAAUGCUAACUAACUAUUUUAUUUAUAUCCCAGAACACAAGUCUCCUUUAGAAUGGUUAUUCAAUUAUAUCACUAGAUCUACAAUAAGACAAUGUAUAUUUAUUGGAUGGUUCACGUUAGUGGCUAUUUUGGUUCCUACAUUCAUGGUGUUUCAAUCAAAAGUUACCUUAAACACUUCAAGAAAAUUAUGGCAUUUUUUAGUCUUCCUAAUGAUUACAAUCCCUUUCAAGUAUGAUCCUGAAUUUGUUAAAAUUGCUUUAGCAGGUAUUAUCCCAUUGUUUCUAUGUAUAGAAUACAUUAGAUAUUUGAAAAUAGAACCUAUAGGCUCCUAUUUGGAUUCAAAACUAAGAUCAUUUGCAGACGAAAGAGACUUGAAAGGUCCAUUGAUCAUUUCAUACAUAUAUUUAAUCUUAGGAAUAGCGUUCCCUCUACUGGUUCAUAAUUCUCCAGUAGGAUUGAUCAGCUUAGGGAUAGGGGAUUCCCUAGCGUCUAUUGUUGGUAAGAAAAUGGGCAGGUACCAUUGGCCACAAAGUAAUAAGACUAUUGAAGGUACAAUUGCAUUCAUAAGUUCGACUUUUAUCGUUUGUAAAAUUCUACAAUCUUCGCUCAAUUAUUUUCAAAAUGUUUCCACUUUAAUAAUUGCUCUGAUGUGUCUCUUAUCGGGCGUACUUGAAGGGAACAGUAUACUAAACGAUAAUAUUUUAAUUCCUUCUUUCAUGCUAAUUUGUGAAUAUUUAUUCACUUACUAA